AUGGCUGAUGUGCAACCGACCCUCACCCCGAUCACGGGCGAAACCCAAGGAACAGGUGAUACGGCGCUGCUGGAUCUCAUCUAUUUGUUCAAAGGGAAGCUACGUGCCACUGCCACCCGCGAAAAGUUCCAUGAUGCAGCCGAUCUUCGCUGGCUAGAGGGCCAUUACCUAGCCAAACUCCAAGAGAACAAAAAUCAAUUCAAUCUCCUCUAUGUCGGUCUAGCUUUGAAGCGAUACCCUGAGUUACUGUAUUGCUUCAAACGUAUUGGGCUUGAUAUUGAAGCUGCAGAAGCCACAGCUGCUUCUGUCAGCUUGCACGACCUGCUACCACCUCAACCAGGCGAUGUUCAGAAAGGAUUACUUGCGCCUUCUAGCAUCUAG